CUCUUCUCUAGCAACCUGACCCCAUGGUCAUGCCCAACAUGUCAGUGAUUAACAAAAAGGCCAAACAAAGUCCAACGCGUAGGUCUCCAAUGGGAAAGCUCGCAAUAUAGAAUUUCCUGAGACUACGGGUCGCCGGAGGGGAGGGGUGGGGAACAGGGUCUAGGAAUGGGCAUCAAGCUCAGCUGAGUUCACGCGCUCUUUGAUUCCAUCGAGAGACUAGAGCUCGGGGAGGCAGCUGGCAGGAUGGAUCAGCAGCAGGAGCAGGACCGGCGGCGGACGCUGCUGCUGGUGAACCUGGCGUCCAUCAUGGAGCGUGCCGACGAGGCCCUACUCCCCGCAGUGUACCGGGAGGUGGGCGCCGCGCUGCACGCCAGCCCCGCAGGGCUCGGCGCCCUCACGUUGUGCCGCUCCAUCGUCCAGGCCGCCUGCUAUCCCCUCGCCGCCUACGCCGCCGCGCGUCACAACCGUGCCCACGUCAUCGCCGUUGGGGCCUUCCUCUGGGCCGCGGCCACCUUCCUCGUCGGAGUCUCCGACACCUUCCUACAGGUAGCAAUAUCACGAGGCCUGAACGGCAUCGGCCUAGCUCUGGUUGUGCCAUCGAUCCAGUCCCUGGUUGCCGACUCCACCGACGACGGCACGCGCGGGUCGGCGUUCGGGUGGCUGCAGCUCGCCAGCAGCCUGGGACUCAUCUCCGGUGGCUUCGUCGGCCUGCUGCUGGCGCAGACCACGGUCCUCGGGAUCGACGGCUGGCGCGUCGCCUUCCACCUCGUGGCCGCCAUCAGCGUCGCCGUCGGGAUCCUCAACUGGUCCUUCGCCACUGACCCCCAUUUCCCGAGGGGCGACGACGACGCCAGCGUCCGCCGCCAGCUCGACGGGAAGCAGGCUGCGACGACGGCGCGGGAGGUCGUCGCGGAGAUGAUCGAGGAGGCCAGGUUCGUGGUGCGGAUCCCCACGUUCCAGAUCUUCGUGGCUCAGGGGGUCAGCGGCUCGUUCCCGUGGUCGGCGCUCUCGUUCGCGUCCAUGUGGCUGGAGCUCAAAGGCUUCAGCCACAGCCACACCGCGGUGCUCAUGACCAUCUUCUGGAUGGCCAGCUCCCUCGGCGGCCUCCUCGGGGGCAAGAUGGGCGACCUCCUCGCCGUGCGAUACCCUGAUGCCGGCAGGAUCGUCCUCUCCCAGAUCAGUCCCCUCUCGGCGGUGCCCUUGGCCGCCGUGCUGCUGCUGGGCCUCCCCGACGACCCGUCCAAGGACGUCUCCUACGGCGCCGUCCUCUUCAUCAUGGGCGUCUUCAUGUCCUGGAACGGUCCCGCCACAAACUUUCCCAUAUUUGCGGAGAUCGUCCCGGAGAAGUCAAGAACAAGCAUCUACGCCCUCGACAGAUCCUUCGAGUCAGUGCUGUCAUCGUUCGCUCCUCCGAUCGUCGGCCUGCUGGCCGAGCGAGUGUACGGGUACAGGCCCAACGACAAGGGGGAGAGCGUUGAGCAGGACCGGGAGAACGCCGCGUCCCUGGCCAAGGCGCUCUACACGUCCAUAGCAAUACCGUUCAUUGUCUGCACCGCCAUAUACUCGUUCCUGUACUGCAGCUACCCUAGGGACAGGGAGCGCGCGCGCAUGCAGUCGCUGAUCGAGUCGGAGCUCCAGCAGAUGGAGCAUGAGGGCUCCUGUCUGGAACUGGAAGACGGCGAUGGUGGUGUGCUGCCCAAGGUUCUCGGCCCGGCGAACGACGGUGAAAGGGCUACCAUUAGCGUUACCUAUGACCACAAGGAGGCUCCUGAAGCUGAGAAGGAUACUGUCAGCCUAUUGGCAAACCGGGACUCAUGAUAGGAAAUCGAAUGGUGUGUUCUAACUCUGAGAUUUGACGGGAGUUUCGUAAAGUGAACCCGGGAAUGCCCAUGUUAGACAAAGGCUUUUAAAUUUUGGGCAAACUGUAACACCAAGAGAUAUUUGCUGGAACGAGUUUCUUACAGUAGUUAGAAUUCGUUUGUUGGGACACGGGAAAAAUAGUACAGCAGUACAUAUACUGGAGUUCAGAUUGACGAUGAAAUGGUAAUACAAUUUUAAAAUAUUGUAGUUUUGAAA